GAGGAGGAGAAGAGAGAUUGACCGAGACUAAGCUAAUCAACCGGCCGGUGCAACUCACACGAUGAGCAGCGAACAGGAACACCCGGAGACGUCAGAAUUGGAGGAGGAGGUGGAGAAGGACGAGGAUGCCGCCAUCGUGGAGCUGGUGACGGAGCUGAAGCAGGAACACCCGGAGACGUCAGAAUUGGAGGAGGAGGUGGAGAAGGACGAGGAUGCCGCCAUCGUGGAGCUGGUGACGGAGCUGAAGCAGGAAGGCACCACGUUGUUCCGGCUGCGGGACUACGAUGGUGCCGCGUUCAAGUUCGACGAGGCGAUCCGGCUGUCCCCUCGAGCCCCGCGCGCGUACAACGAGAACGACAUCGCCUCCCUCCACAGCAAUGUGGCGGCGUGCUACAUGCACAUGAACGCGCACCGCCCCGAGGACGACUACCACUACCACCAGGCCAUCGACCGGUGCAACAUGGCCCUCGACGCGUCGCCGAGGUACACCAAGGCGCUCCUGAAGAGGGCGCGCUGCUUCGAGGCGCUGGACCGGCUGGACCUGGCCUGCGUCGACGUGCAGGAGGUGCUGACCUUGGAGCCCAACAACGCGGUCGCGCUGGAGCUCCUCGAGAGCCUCCGGGAGGAGAUGGAGGAGAAGAAGUUCUUGCUGGAGCAGGAGGCCAGGUCGCUGGACGACCUCAUCAAGGUCAUCUCCGCCAGCGAGAAGGUGGCCAAGCAGUUCAGCUGUACCAUCGCUACUGCAGCAGCAGAUCCUACUAAGAAGGCUGUUUCGACGGAGGCGGAUGGCCAUGACAUGGAGGGGAUAUUGAUCCCCGGUGACGGUGAGCAGGACGACGAGCAGGCGAGCUACGACGACAAUGACGGGGAAGAAGCACCGAGUGGCCAGACGGAGGAGGCGCAUGUAGAUGUAGGUGAUCAGAGUGGUCAGCACAAGCAGGAAGACGGAGGCAACGCGGAGCAUCAUGCCGGCGCUGAGAACAGUGCUGGCUCUGGAGCGACGAGAUGCGUGGAGUUCGUUCUCGGAGAAGAAGGGGAUGUCAGGAGGAUCGCGCUGCUUCCACAGGAUGGCGGUCUGGCUCAGUUGAUGGACAUAGCUCGGGGCAAGUUCCCCGACCUCAAGGAACUGUCUGUUAAUUUCAAGGACGACCGGGGUGACUUGGUAACGGUCGACUCGACUACGGACCAGAGCGCAUGGUUCGAUGAAGCGAAUUCCCGGUCCCAAGGGCCACUUCGGUUGUACGUAACCGAAGGUAAUCGCGAACGGGUGUCGUGCCCCGAUCAGCCGAUUCGGGAACACGACUCUGUUGAUCCGUGCUUGUCGCACGAUAAGUAGCAGGCACGUACUGUAUAUGUCGUACGUCUGGUCAUAUUGAGUGAUGAAAUGUAUUUACGGUGGUCGGUGGUCUAACUCCCAAAAUGUAUGUUUGACUCUCUGAAAUGAGUAAGGAGAUCCAUUUGUAAUCCAA